AUGGGGAAGAAACAAGACGCCAUCCUGACCACUCGACAAGGACUGACCAACUGUGUCAUAUGCGGCUCGCCGAUCCAGUUCUCGCGGCCCGAAGACUGGAAGGAAUGGAGCCACAUCUUGGUGCCACGAACAGGACAAAAGAUAACAGCUGAGGAGCUAGAACAAGCCGACUAUUCUACAGUUCCCAGUCUGGCUAUGUCUUUCUACCGCAUCAUCCUGCACGACCCCGACGGUUCGCUUCAUGUAUCGGGAAUCACGCAAUCCCUGAACAAACAACGCCAUCGAUACCGUGUUCCCUACAAUACCCAAGACGUCCGACUCGGCGCGUCAGCAUCAUUCAUAUGGCCACGAUCCCGAGAAUACGAACCGGGAGAUCUCCAGGCGGAUAAAUACACCCCCUCGGGGAAACGCCGGGGAUGGGCGUAUCCGAUGCACAUGCCGUGCUGGGUGCUUCUACGACAAAUGAUGAGCACGCAAGUGGUGGAACAGAACCUGAGUUAUCUCUUACAGACGCUGAGCAGCUUCUGGCGUCACGGUCAGGGGGUACAUUGGACCCCGAUUCCACGACUGGUCAAAUACCGAGCUGCGCGCUGGGACGUCGAAGUUGACUGGGCCACUGCCAAUCCGGUCUGGGUUCCAGAGAUCCAGGUACGAUUGAAGAUGGCCCGGAAGACUCCUCCUCCGAUGAAGCGCCUGCCUCCGGACCAUCCAAUUGGUCGUGUCCCGGUGGAAAUCGCCAUGUUCAUCGCCGAUCUCAUCCUGAGUGAUACCACCCGGCCGAUGCGCGGCCGGGAUACCCAUUAUAUGCUCUGGGCCUUCCGGUGGACGUUGCCCGAUGCGUACUGGAAGGCACGAUGUCGCACGGCGUUGUUGUUGGAGGUGGACCAGAUCCUGCGUUCGGAGGAGUCUGUAGACUGGCAAUUUCUGGCUAUCAGUCUGGUAGAAUUGCCUUUGAAUACCAACAAUGCAUUACUAAAUCGCCAUCGUCUUCUUGGUUUCCUAGGGUGCAUGCAAGAAGAAUUCCAGCAAAGGAUUAAUGGAGUGAAAUUCACCGAGUCCGACAAAAAGUGUGGUCUCGUGUUAAAAUAUGGCGAGUUGAAUGCCGAGUAG